AUGCCCGGGGCGGCCGCGACCCCUCGCCGUAGGGCGAGGCCCGGGGAGCGCGCAGGGGACGCGGAGCCCGCCCCGGGGAACCGCACAGGCGCAUGCGCACGUGUGUGGCCACCCCCACGGGGCACCCUCCAAGUCCUCCGCGGCAACGGCACUUCUGUGGGGACCGUCAUCGUGUUCCACUGCCCCUCAGGCCACCAGAUGGUUGGGUCCGGCCUCCUGACCUGCGCCUGGAAGGGUAGUGCCGCCGAGUGGUCCUCCGUGAUCCCCGUGUGCAAAUCUGUGCCGCCGUAUGAGACCUUUGGCUUCAAGGUGGCCGUGAUCGCCUCCAUUGUCAGCUGCGCCAUCAUCCUGCUCAUGUCCAUGGCCUUCCUCACCUGCUGCCUCAUGAAGUGCAUGAAGAGGAGCGAGCAGCCGUCCGACAGGGCGACCCAGCUGUGGCUCCAGCUGAGAGCCGGGGACUUGGAGACGGCGCCGGCGGCCUGCCUCGGCCUCAAGGGUCUGAACAACAGCAACAGCGGCGGCGGCAGGGAGCCGGGGGGCCGGCCCGGCCAGGCGCAUGACAACUACAGUUUCACCACGGACCUCGGUGAGGGCACCAGAGAGCUGGCUGGCAUGGCCCACAGCGUGGACAAGGACCCCUGGACCACCAGUUGUCCUGCGGGCUCACCCCAUGCCCAGGUGAUGGUGCACACGGCGGACCUGGGGGGCGCCCCGCCUGCCUCCUGGUCCACUGCAGGAAUGUCCAGACAGCACAUGGCCUACAUCCCGGGGUGACUGAGGCAGAGUCCAGAGACUGCCCUCCACACAGGGAGGACCAGGCCCACCCCACCACCAGCCACCUACAUCUCGACCUGUGUCCAGCUUGCGAUGGGUCAGUGAAACCAGCUUCCGGGUUUAGGGAUCCCUCAGGGAGCUGGGCUGGGGACUCCAAAGGGGUGUUCUGUCCCAGGGGAGCCCAGCUGGACAGCUUUUAUAGAUGGGCGUCCUUGGAGCCACCACUGAGGUUCUGGGACCACAUGCAGCCCCCGCCCCCCCCCCCCCCCCGGCUGGCUCCUGUAAACAGACUGGGGGCGUUUCAGCAAAUCUCAUUUUGCAUGGUGGAGAGGGAGCAGGGACCCGGCUGGGGCGCUGCAUCUGUUCCCUGCAAGUAGCCAUGAGGGGAGAGGGGUGUGAAAUAAACAAUUCUAACACUGGAGAAACGAAGGCGAAAACCGCUGUCUCAAUUUCCUGUGUCU